AUGUCAACAAAGAAAGUGACAAGAGUUGACGAUGAAGGGCAAAGCAAAAUGCCAGGCAAGAAGAUAACAAACAACAAAGACAACUCAAUUAAUGAAGGUGAGGGUCAAAUCAAGAUGCCAAUGGAGAAAUUCAAAGAAGAAAAUCAUAUAGUCAAGAUGAAAUCCAAUAUACAUGAGGGUCAAAGUGGGAAGAAGCCAACUAGAAAGAAGGUGCCAAUGAAGAAAUCAAAGGUGAAAGAUGAAAAAGCCAAGAUGAACAUCAAUGGCGGUGAUGGUCAAAGCAAGAAGCUGACCGAUAAGAAAAUGCCAAUGAAGAAAUCAAAUGAAGAAGAUGCCAACGAAGAAGAACACAAGAUCGAGUCUCUUAUCCCAGCUAUGACUUUAGAUGAAUUCUUCAAAAAAUAUGGGAUAUCAUUGGAUGAAAACGAUGAAGAAUAUGAAUAUGAUUAUGAUGAUCACAAUCCAAGUGUUGGGGAUAGUAGUAACAGUCAACACGGUACCAAAAAAAAAGUUUGUGGUCCCACCCAACUCAAGCAUAUUCAUGCUAUGGAGAGACAAAUAGAGUUAACAUGGUACAACGGCAAACCCAUAGGCCCAACAAAGACACAGGUUCAAUUGUUUAGUCAGUUCUUGGGUACAAUUGCAAGAAACUCUAAUUUAGUCAUGUUAUUAUAUACUAAUUGGCAAGCUGUGUCCAAUGAGACUAAAACUUCAAUGUUGGAUUAUGCAAAGGUUAUUUCUGACAAAAAUCGUGAAAACAGAUCCAAGCAAAAAUGGAAUCAUCGAAUGGGUCCAAUUAGUUUUGAAUUAGUACGCGAUGAAUUGCGUGCAACGAAGGAGGACAAUGAAGAUCCAUCACAAGCUGAUAUGUUUGUUGUAACUCGUACAAAUAAAAAAGGAGAGACUGAUUCGGGAACACAAGAGACAACUCAAGAAGACAUGAUGUGA